UUUCCCAAAAUAAAGCCAUAACCUCAAAACAAGGCUAAGGACAGAAAUGGAAACGCGGGAAAUAUUAUCUCUACAAUUCGGUCACUACUCAAAUUUCAUCGGAACACAUUCCUGGAACAUUCAAGAGACUGGCUUCGCAUACAACAGCAAAACACCUUCUGAAAUUAAUCACGAUGUUCUCUUCCGAGAAGGCGUAACUCUCAAAGGGGAAGUUACUUAUACACCUCGCCUGUUGCUGGUCGACUUGAAAGGUAGCUUAGGUACGCUUCCGGAAAAUGGCACUCUGUAUGACCCGCCAACGCAUUCCUCCACCGUCGAGACUUGGAAGCAAGGUGUUGAGGUUAAAAAAGCUGACAAACUACCAAAAAAUCAAUUUCAAGAAGAGUUAGAUACGCAUAAUUGCUUAAAAAAGAACGUACGUUUGGACAGCGAGGUGCACGUUUGGUCGGAUUUUUUGUAUUCGCGAUUUCAUCCCAGAACCGUAAAUAUCAUUAAGCAGUACGCGCACGGUGGGGAAAGCGAAUUUGACGUAUUUCCCUUAGGCGCAAUGCUUUGGAAGACCGAUCAGUUUGAGGAAGAGUUUGCCGAUAAGAUACGUAAUUAUGUGGAGGAGUGCGACAGUUUUCAGGGGUUUCAUGUUACUUUAGAUGCGACGAAUGGUUUUUCCGGUUUGACAUCGUCAUGUUUGGAAUAUAUCAAUGACGAGUAUGAGAGGAAGUCGGUUUUGGCUUUUCCUGUGAUUCCAUCUCGUUAUGUUGAUGAUGAGGAAGAGCGGCGUCCGUUAAAAGAUUCCAUUUGUGUCAUGAAUCUCGCUCUUGCCUUCGAAAUGUUACGCGAACGUACUUCAUUAUUUGUGCCUUUAUGUACUGGUGCUACAGGGUGGAGGAAACCGGGCGAGCCGCGUAAAUUUCAUCAUGUCUCUUAUAAUCAUAACUUGAAUUAUCACAGUAGCGCCAUUUUGGCAUCGGCUUUAGAUACAAUUACAUUGAAGCAUCGUUUAAAAUCAUCGCAUUACAGUCUAGGCGAUUUUUGUGCAUAUUUCAACACUCACGGACGUGCAGCAGCCGCGGCUAGUGUCUGCUUACCAUUUUCUUUAAGCAAAAAUGGGGAUUUUAUUGAUUGUUUGGAUAAUUGGGAAGGACCUCUUACACAAAGCAUUACGCCCAACUGCACGAUAGGUACAGAUAAACUUGUGCAAAUGUUCACUUUACGCGGUAUUUGGGAGGAUCGCUUAAAGCGUCCACUUUCACAAGCCAACAAGCAGAUACUGAUGCCGGCAUACAACUGUAAUACAGUGAACGAAAUGCUGAGCUUCUAUUUGUCCUGUAAUUACUACUUCUGUCUGAAUAACGUGACAACAGUUGCCCAAGGUAUCUCCGUUAAAACUCCAUUUCCCGAUAUAUUCGAUGAGUUUGUGGGAGUAGAUGGAAAUAUAUGUGCAGAUUCGCGCAGAAGAGAUGCAGUUAUAGAAUCCGUACCUAUACUGGCGGGUUUGCAUUCUGGUGUCGAAAUUGGAAGCAUGUUGGAUAGCCUUCACCAAGAAGCAAAGAAGCUUAGGUCUCCACACAAACAGCAGUUUAUAACCGCCGGGCUUGAGGAAAUGGAGUUAUCUGAAAGUCUCGAUAAACUUCUUGAACUUAAGGUAAGGGGAAGUGCGGAAGAGGGAUUAAAUGACCAGUCUACUGAGUUACAGAUUGUAACACCAAAUAUUAUAGUGCACAAAGAUUUUCUGUGUGGCAGCUUUUUCUUGAACUUAUAGAUGGAG